AUGUCAAGACAGAAAACCACACCGCGGCCAAACCCUUUCUGCAGCGGCACGCUCACUAUUGCAACCCACCACCCCGUGCUACUACACGCCUCCUUGUACUGUGACCCAAGAGGGCCACGAAACAGGGAGAUGCCGCGACACAAAGCGUGUCACAACACGCACGCAGAGCCACGCCGGAGACGCCCGCACACCGCGAUGUGUCAGAGCGUGCCGCGCGGAUUGCGAGAGCGUGGCACAACGGAGGGAGUGUCACAAGCGCCCCCUGGGAGUCUUUUUUCUCUAGAUUUGUUGCCAUCCAAGGAGGGCGAAGAUUUAACAAAGUGUUUUCUGCUGCGAGUGGUAAAUAUUCUUCUGCACUACAUUGAGAAAACUUUUGAUGUUAAGAGUAAAAUAUUGGACUUUCAUCAUCCUCAUCAGCUUCUUGAAGGUUUGGAUGGGUUUGACUUAGAACUGUCUGACCAUCCUGAAUCUCUGGAGCAGUUGCUGGUUGAUUGCACAGACACCUUAAAAUAUGGUGUAAAAACAGGACAUCCUCGCUAUUUUAACCAGCUCUCCAGCGGGCUAGAUGUGAUUGGACUUGCAGGGGAAUGGUUGACAGCCACUGCAAAUACCAACAUGUUUACCUAUGAAAUAGCUCCAGUAUUUACUGUCAUGGAAACAGUUCUUCUUAAGAAAAUGUGUGAAAUUAUUGGCUGGAGAGAAACAGAAGCAGAUGGAAUAUUUUCACCUGGUGGGAGUAUAUCAAACCUCUAUGGUAUAUUAGUAGCUCGUUAUAAGCAAUAUCCAGAGAUAAAAGCAAGAGGCAUGGCCGUCCUCCCAUGCAUUGUAUUGUUUGUUUCUGAACAAGGUCAUUAUUCCAUAAAGAAAGCUGCAGCCACUCUUGGUAUUGGGACAGAUAAUGUAAUCGAAGUUAAAUGUGAUGAAAGGGGAAAGAUGAUUCCAGCUGAGUUAGAGAAAAAUAUAUUACAAGCUCAAAGAAAGGGCCAGACUCCUUUCUGUGUGGUGGCCACAGCUGGCAGCACCGUGUUUGGGGCCUUCGACCCGCUCCAUGACAUCGCAGAUAUUUGUGAGAUACACAGACUCUGGAUGCACGUGGAUGCAGCUUGGGGAGGUGGAUUGCUGUUGUCCAGAAAGCAUUCCUAUAAACUCAGUGGCAUUGAAAGGGCCGACUCCGUGACCUGGAACCCCCACAAACUCAUGGGUGUGCCCCUUCAGUGCUCUGCUCUCCUGACCCGGGAAAAAGGUCUUCUGGGAGCAUGCAACCAGAUGCAGGCUGAAUACCUUUUCCAGCCUGAUAAAGUCUACAAUAUUAACUUUGACACCGGGGAUAAAACUGUUCAAUGCGGCCGACAUGUUGAUGUCUUUAAGCUCUGGUUAAUGUGGAAGGCAAAGGGAACCUAUGGCUUUGAGGUACAGAUUGACAGAUAUAUGGAACUUGCAAAAUACUUCUAUAAAGUUUUAAAGAAAAAAGAUAACUUUAAGCUUGUAUUUGAUGCAGAGCCUGAGUUCACCAAUGUCUGCUUCUGGUAUUUCCCACCAAGACUUAAACACAUCCCAAAAAGUUUUGAAAGAGAUCAAGAACUGCAAAAGAUUGCUCCAAAGAUUAAAGCACAGAUGAUAGUGGAAGGUACAGUCAUGCUCAGCUACCAGCCCUGUGGGGACAAAGUAAAUUUUUUCCGAAUGGUCUUUUCUAAUCCUGCCACAAGACAAACAGAUGUUGACUAUCUUAUUGAUGAAAUUCAAAGACUUGGGAAAGAUUUAUGA